CUCCCUUUGUGAUCUUUGUUUCUUGUCUCUCUCUUUCUAUCCUGGGCUUUUCUUUCCUCCCCGCCUCCCCCCUUCACGCCCCCACAAGGGGGACAGCUGCGCUCCAUCCACAGCCCAUCCUAAAGUGAAGCUGGGAACUCAGUGGAGCCAGUGCUUGCCGGUGCCCCCAGUGGUACUUCAAUUCUCUGUGGCUAUGCUGCUCCUGGUGCUGUACCCCUGUGUGCUUCUGCUGUCAUGUAAAGUUGUGUUGUUUGCUGAAGGAGUUGAAAUCUCUUCAGGAUCCUGUACCUUUGAAAAUAGCACAUGUGCCUACAAAUCUGCCUAUUCGUUCCUUCCAUGGACUGUAAAUUCUGAAGGUCAUUACAUAUCGGUGGACACUUUAUAUGGAACAUCUGGACAGAAAGCUGUGCUUGUCAGUCCAGACCUUCAGCCUGAUGAAUGGAGUUGUCUCAAGCUAGUUUAUCAGAUUGCUGGGUCAGAGUCUUCUGUGAACCCCAGCAAGCUAAAUGUUUUUAUCCAGCCUGAUGGAGAGAGCUUUGAUUAUCUGCUUUGGACAGCUGAAGAGCAGUCGGACAGCUGGUUAAUAUCAAGUAUUGAUCUGAGGAAUACAUCAAAAAAAUACAAGAUCAUAAUAGAAGGGAUAUUGGGAGCAGAUGAAGUCAGUAGUAUUGCUAUCUUUGAACUAAAAAUGACUACUGGAUACUGUAUUGAGUGUGACUUUGAAGAAAACCAUCUUUGUGGUUACAUGAACAGCUGGAAUCCAAAUGUAAACUGGUUUGUUGGAGGAGGGAAUAUCCGAAAUUCGCAUUCUUUCUUGCCUAAAGAUCACACUCUGAACAGUGAAAUAGGUCACUACAUGUAUGUUGAUUCGGUUUAUGUCAAAGCUUUCCAAGAAGUGGCUCAACUGAUUUCUCCACUAAUUAUAACCCCUAUAUCUGGUUGCCUUUCAUUUUAUUAUCAAAUUCAACAGGAAGGUAGCAAUGACUUUAUGGUCUUUACCAGAGAUCUUCAUGGUUCAUACGAAGAAAUCUGGAAAAUGAAGGAAGCAAGGAAAGGUGAAUGGAAUUUUGCAGAAGUUGAUUUAAAUGCUCUUCUCCCAGUGGAGGUUAUCUUUGAAGUUGCAUUUAACGGUGUAGAAGCAGGAUAUGUUGCUUUGGAUGACAUUUCAUUCUCCCCAGAAUCAUGCUCUGGUCAGAAAGAACCAGAUUUCAAUUUAAUGGAUGCUGGAUGUGACUUUGAGAAUGAUCUUUGUCAGUUUCACCAAGAGAGUAAAGAUGGUUCCUCAUGGCACAGAGUGAAAGUCAAACCAAAUGCAUAUAGAAUAGGAGAUCAUACAACUGGCAUGGGUUCUUUCAUGCUGGCUAACUCAAGGUUUACCUCACAGCCGGGUUACCUUGGACGUCUCUAUGGCCCUUCCUUGCCAGGAAAUAGGCAGUUUUGUCUGCGCUUCUUUUACGCAUUUUAUGGAUUUUCUAAAAUGAGUGAUAUUCUUGCUGUUUACCUAUUUGAAGAGAACCUUGUAGUUCAGGAAAAAAUAUGGUCUGUUCGUGAUUCACCUAAAGGAGUCUGGUUAGAAGCUGAAAUUAAUAUAAACAAGCCAAUGCCUUGUAAGGUUGCGUUUGUGAGUUGGUGUAAAAGUUUUUGGGAUUGUGGACUUGCAGCACUUGAUGAUGUAUCAGUAAGCUUUGGAAGCUGCCAAACAGCUGAUAGGUUACCUCCAUCACCUGGCAAAUGUACAUUUGAAAAGAAUGAUUGUGGAUUUCAACAGGAAUGGCAAAGAAGAGGGAUGUGGCACAGGAUAAGAGGGAGAACCCCAACAUCUUACACAGGUCCAACUGGUGAUCACACUUCUGGGGUAGGUUACUACAUGUAUAUUGAAGCCACUCAUAUGGUCUAUGGACAGAAAGCAAGACUGAUCUCGAGGGGACUUCGAGCCAUCCCUGGGAAGCAGUGCUUGACUUUCUUUUACCAUAUGUAUGGAGCUGGUACUGGUCUGCUGAAUGUUUACCUAAGAAAGGAAAGCGUCAGACAUAAGGAAACUCUGCUUUGGUCAAGGAGAGGUGAACAGAGUAUCAGCUGGUUGAGAGCCCAGGUGGAAUAUGAGAGUGAUAUGCAACAUCAGAUUAUUUUUGAAGCUGUUCGUGGAAUUUCAAUAAGAAGUGAUGUUGCAAUUGAUGAUAUUGUGUUUCAAAAUGGACAUUGUAAAGAUACAGGUGACUUCUUCAUACUACAAUCAUCAGGUUAUUCAGAUGACAUCAAUGAAAUUGAAUUCUAGAGCUUUGGCUUUCCUGAAACCAGUUCAACAGAACAGACACUAGUCGCUUCAGAAACUGCACAGAAAAUAUUAUUUAACAGAGAAUUGCUACAGGAUUUUUUUUACAGAAUCACAAACUCAGAACAUGUGUUCGCCGAUACAGAAACUUACUCAGGGCUAGAUUUGUGUAAAAAUUGUAGUUUUGCAUAGACGAUCAUUGAUAUGUGCGCAGCUUUUAUCAUUUUGCCACUAAUUUCACUGUAUAGACAUGUAUAUGUAAGGGGUGGUUAUUUUAUUUUGUGAGAGCAGAUUAUUUCUCUUUUUUUAUGCACAAAUGAGAACCUGUGGAAUUCACAAUAAAAUUUCUGAAAUAAGUUACC